UGAAAGGAGACUGAAGUACUGAAGGAAUAUGGUUGUUAUUGAAGUGAUUGCGAUUUAGCGUGUUAUCAGAUGGGUUGAGUACGCAAUAGAUAAAGCGAAGCAAUUACAAUUUUGUGUUUAGGGGGAGUUAUAAAGCAAGAAUCAUUUCCAGACGUUAUUUGCAUCUCGUUCGUUUAAUGAAAAUAUAGACAGAUAUCCCAAGUGUCUUCAGGAUGGCAGAGACUGGGACAUCAGGAACCACUCGCUUCCACUACCUCUACAGCUGUGAUUUAGACAUCAACAUUCAGAUAAAAAUAGGCUCACUGGAAGGUAAACUGGAGAGGCCAACUUAUGAAGAUUUACUGAAGGACCCAUUAUUGAAGCAUAGUGGCAUUUACCAAGAUACUUGUCCAGAGCUGUGCAUUAAAACUCAAAUCUGGGCAGACAAUGAACCCAACACAUUGCCCAUUACUACGUCGUAUAAAUCAUUCACUACAAGAUGGAAUUGGAAUGAGUGGAUCAAUCUGCCCAUGAAAUACUGUGACCUGCCUAGAAACUCUCAACUUUGUUUGACUAUUUAUGAAUGUUGUGGGCCAGGGAAAUAUGUCCCUGUUGGUGGAACUACACUGCCUCUAUUUGGAAAACUCGGCGUUUACAAACAAGGUCUUCAUGACUUGAGGAUAUGGCGGAACCAAGUUGCUGACGGCAACCUACCCAGCAAAACCCCGGCUAAAGUAAAGGAUUCUGGGAACGAAGUGAUGGAAAGUCUGUCGAAAUUGACCAAACGUCACCAUACUGGUCGUAUACCGCAGUCGGAUUGGCUGGAUAGAUUAACGUUCCGCGAAAUUGAACUCAUUAACGAGCGUGAAAAGAGGACGUCCAAUUACAUGUAUCUCAUGGUAGAAUUCCCCCGAUUAGAGUAUCAUGGUGUCGAGUACACCGUAGUCUAUUACGAGAAAGGUGGUGACGAUAUGAUCACGCAACUGACUCAAUCCGAGUACGCCGUGUUGAACGACGACGAAAUUCUACUGGAAAAUGUGAUAGAGGGGAAACACCAUAAAUUGGCCCGAUCCAUCCGCAGUGGCUUAACCGAUCGCGAUUUGAAGCCCGAUGCUGGAACGCGUGAUCAAUUACACGCCAUCGUCGAUUCACCACCGACCAAAACGCUGGCUUCAGAAGAGCAGGAUCUAGUGUGGCGUUUCCGGUUCUACCUGUCCAACCAGAAAAAGGCGUUGACCAAGUUCUUGAAAUGUGUCAAAUGGACCUCAAUGUCUGAAGCCCGUCAAGCCGUGGAUCUAAUGAAUCGUUGGGCCCCAAUCGACCCGGAAGAUGCCCUGGAAUUGCUGGGACCAAAUUUCACGUAUUCAACGGUGCGAAAGUACGCCGUCUCUCGGCUGUCGCACGCUCCCGAUGAGGAUUUGCAGUUGUAUCUGCUCCAGUUGGUACAAGCGCUCAAGUACGAGGAUUUCGACGAGAUUUGCGCUGGUCUUGAUCCCCGCUCGCUGAUGCUUUCUGUCCGCAGUUUCAACUCGGCUGAUAGCUUCCCGUCACCCGAAAAAGCUGGCCAUGAUCUCUCCAUUGACGAAAGAUUCAACUCUGAAAUGGAGAGUCCAGUUCUUGAAUCGUCUCCUCUGCUUUCGGCCGAGACGCCCACGCCAGUUCGAUUCAUUAAUUCUGAAUCGGGAGAGUAUUCGGUCGAUUUGCCCACAUUUCUGAUCCAACGAGCCUGUGCCAAUUCUGCCUUAGUCAACUAUUUUUACUGGUAUCUAAUGAUCGAAUGCGAGGAUCCGGAACCGAACGUGAAGCAUGACGCCCGAGUCCGUGAAAUGUAUUUGGUGGUAAUGAAAAAAUUCUUACAGGCCUUGGCAAAAGGUGGAAAAGAGUGGCGCCGUCGCCGGGCCAUAUUGAAUCGACAGCAGCAGUUCCUUGACCGACUCGUGUCCCUAAUGAAAGCCGUGGCCAGAGAGAGCGGCAACCGGAAAAAGAAAAUGGAACGACUACGGACUCUAUUAGCCGAUCGGGACUUUUUCAAAGGAGGGACAUUUUUAGAGUUUGAACCACUGCCGUUCCUGCUGGACCCUGAGCUUUUGAUCAAAGGCAUCGUAGCGGAAAAAGCUACAUUAUUCAAAUCCCAAUUGAUGCCGGCCUGUCUGACGUUUUCGACGGUGAGCGGCCAAGAGUACGUGGCCAUAUUCAAGCACGGUGACGACUUGCGUCAGGACCAGCUCAUUUUGCAGAUGAUCUCGUUGAUGGAUCGACUCCUCCGACGGGAGAAUCUUGAUCUCAAACUCACACCUUAUCGUGUCCUGGCCACCUCAUCCCGACACGGAUUCGUCCAGUACAUUGACAGUGUCUCUGUCAGAGAAGUCAGUGAUACGGAAGGAAGCAUCUUGAACUUUUUCCGAAAGUACCAUCCGUCCGAGAGCGGACCGUACGGAAUAGCGGCUGAAGUCAUGGACAGUUACAUCCGAAGUUGUGCUGGCUAUUGUGUCAUCACGUACCUUCUCGGCGUCGGCGAUCGCCAUCUGGAUAAUUUGAUGCUGACCAAGUCGGGCAAGCUGUUCCACAUCGAUUUCGGCUACAUCCUCGGACGCGAUCCCAAGCCUUUGCCGCCCCCGAUGAAGCUCAGCAAAGAGAUGGUGGAAGCCAUGGGCGGAGUUCAUUCAGAGCACUACACUCAGUUCAGGAAACUUUGCUACACCACUUUCCUCCAUCUGAGAAGACAUGCCAAUUUGAUUUUGAAUCUCUUUGCUCUGAUGGUGGACGCCAGCGUGCCCGACAUUGCCCUGGAGCCGGACAAGACUGUACGCAAAGUGCAGGACAAAUUCCGUUUGGAUUUGAACGACGAGGAGGCGUUGCGUUACAUGCAGAACCUAAUUGACGUUUCGGCUGCCGCUGUCAUGGCCGCUCUAGUCGAACAGCUGCACAAGAUCGCCCAGUACUGGCGCAAGUGAUACGCCUCUCUUCUCCUUUUUGUGUGUGGGAAAAAAUUCUCCUUUUUUUGUUUGUUUAUUUACAGAAGAAAAGAGACAAGAGAUGGCGUUGUCUGCUGUGAAAUAAUAAAAAUUAUUAUCAAAUA